ACCCCCCUGCGCGGGACGAGGAGGGACAAGGAGCAGCGAAGCGGAGCGAGGAGGCGCCCCGGCCCCGACGCAGGUCCCCGGAGGCUUUGGGUGCUGCCRAAAUCAUGUGGCCCCUUCUGGCGCUCGCCGUGUGCGGCCUCGCUGCCGCCGUGCCCUCGGAGGACAGGAAGCUGAGCGACAAGGCAACGACGUUGGCCGACCGCAGCGCCACGCUGGCCUUCAACCUCUACCACGCCAUGGCGAAGGACAAGAGCAUGGAGAACAUCCUGCUGUCCCCCGUGGUUGUGGCCUCCUCCCUYGGCCUCGUGUCCCUGGGGGGCAAGGCGGCCACGGCGUCCCAAGCCAAGGCGGUGCUCAGCGCGGACAAACUCAAYGACGACUACGUGCACAGCGGCUUGUCGGAGCUCCUCAACGAGGUCAGCAACAGCACGGCCCGCAACGUCACCUGGAAGAUCGGGAACCGCCUGUACGGCCCGGCCUCCAUCAACUUCGCCGACGACUUUGUGAAGAACAGCAAGAAGCACUACAACUACGAGCACUCCAAGAUCAACUUCCGCGACAAGAGGAGCGCCCUGAAAUCCAUCAACGAGUGGGCAGCCCAGACCACGGAUGGGAAGCUCCCCGAGGUGACCAAAGACGUGGAGAAAACUGAUGGAGCCCUCAUUGUCAACGCCAUGUUCUUCAAACCUCACUGGGAUGAGAAGUUCCAUCAUAAGAUGGUGGACAACCGUGGCUUCAUGGUGACCCGUUCCUACACUGUGGGGGUUCCAAUGAUGCAUCGCACAGGUCUCUACAACUACUAUGAUGAUGAGGCAGAGAAGCUGCAGGUGGUGGAGAUGCCGCUUGCCCACAAACUCUCCAGCAUGAUCUUUAUCAUGCCAAACCACGUGGAGCCACUGGAGAGGGUUGAGAAGCUGCUGAACAAGGAGCAGCUGAAGACCUGGUCUAGCAAGAUGAAGAAGAGAUCGGUGGCCAUCUCACUGCCUAAAGUCAUUCUGGAAGUCAGCCACGAUCUUCAGAAACACUUGGCUGACCUGGGCCUGACGGAAGCCAUUGACAAAACGAAGGCCGACCUAUCGAAGAUCUCUGGCAAGAAAGACCUUUACCUGUCCAACGUCUUCCACGCCGCUGCUCUGGAAUGGGACACGGACGGGAACCCGUAUGACGCCGACAUCUAUGGCCGAGAGGAGAUGCGGAACCCCAAGCUCUUCUACGCUGACCACCCCUUCAUCUUCAUGAUCAAGGACAGUAAAACCAACUCCAUUCUCUUCAUCGGCCGGCUCGUGAGGCCCAAAGGGGACAAGAUGCGUGACGAGUUGUAGCUUUUUUUUUUUUUUUUUUCUCCAGAGAAUUGGUUUGUGUUUUUUAGCGAGGGAUUUGAAAAAAGGGGAAACACUAUUUUGUAUCCUUCUUGAACUAUGGGUGCUAUUCAGACCAGGGUGCAUUUUGAUGAGGAACCAGCAUACACUUUACCUCACCCCGACAUACUCUACUGCACAAACCCACCUCCAGAGAGGAAGAGAGGAGCCUGGCACACGAGGGUCACCAGGAGCAGGAGGGAGCUGUCGGUUCCUUCAGCUGAGAUGUUCAGGCUGAUGCCUCCACCCUGAAUGAAGCCUCCUGCUAAGCCCUUUGCAGCUCCAUCAGCCCCGCAACGGUGCGAGGCCUCCACGCCUUCCACCUCAAACGCUUCUGCACACGCAGCUCUGCCACUAACGUUUCUCCCUUUUGAUACCGUGCUGCUCGCUUUGCUGAAGCUGUUCYUUGCUUGUAGAGAAGGUAGGAGCACAUUCCCCUCUUCGUUCUCCUGAGAACUGCACCUGCAUGGAGACCCUUCUGUCCUGCCUAACCYUGCUCUGACGAGGAGUGCUAGAUGCUUCAGCCUAAGCAAAAGCCACCGCUCCCAUAGCUAGAGGGACAUUGCAAAGCCAGGCGCAGCUUUGCUCCACAGCAAACCCUCUAUGGAGCAGCAGCUUGGGGGGUUACGGUGGCAGCAGCGAGGCCAAAGAACAAAUAAGCUCCUAGGGAGCAAAAGCUCCACCCGAGGUUCCUCCCCAAGGCUCUUGGCAAGACUGAGACCUGUGAGCGGCUGUUGUCCACCUCUGUGGGGACCAUGAGGAGGCUCUUGGGCCAGCAUCUCUAGUUAAGCAUCUUUUGCCAAGCAAAGAGGGAAACUUCUCAUCUCCUGGUGCUUUUCYAUCAGCACAUGCAGCUGGAAGAGGCAGUUUAUGCUUGGAAGCUUCUCCCAGUUACCACCAGGGCCAGUACCCACCAGCUCCWGUAGAAACCCAAGAGAUUCCUGCUGGCCUCAGCAGAGGAACYAGCUCUUGUUUCCACUUUAAAUGCAAAGCUUUAGAGCGGCCCAACUUCCUCAUGACCCUUUUUUUAACAUUAUUUUUGCAGCUCCUCUUUCUCUGAGUCUUCAGCUCCCCCAGCUGACCUUGAGAAGGGCACACUGAAAAACUUGCCAUGCAGAGACAGGGCCAGUGAGUAAGGACAAGAUUAGUUAAA